AUGGAGUUUGGAAGAGUUUGGUCCAGAUACCAGAGGACGGUGCUGAUCACCAUGAUGAUGUUCAAACUGGGCUUACUGUGCACAGCUGCAGCAGACGCCUGUUUGUCAUCUCCCUGCAACAAUAAUGCCACAUGUGUUGACCACCUGGGUCACUAUGUGUGCCUUUGCCCCAAAGGACCAAUAUGGUACAUGGGCAAAAACUGUGACGAGCUGUAUGACGCCUGCAUCAAGGCACCUUGUACCAACUGUACCAGCAUACCUGGGACUGAUGAGUUCACCUGCCACUGUCCGGACGGCUUCACAGGGCUCAACUGCACUCAGGAUGUAGAUGAAUGUCAGAGCAACCCCUGCGAAGGUAUCCAGUCCCAUUGUGUCAAUGGAGUCAAUGGCUAUUCCUGCCACUGCCCCCUGGGACUGGGAGGGGAGGACUGCCAGAAUAACGUUACCACUUGUUCAGACAUAACAUGCCAGAAUGCUGGCACCUGUACGGAUGUCCCUGACAUUGGGCACAGGUGCCAGUGUGCUGCUGGUUACCAAGGGAGGAACUGUGAGGAGAACAUAGAUGAAUGCCAGUCUGAGCCCUGUCAGAAUGGAGCCAUCUGUAAAGACGGGGUUAACACCUACCAGUGUUUCUGUGUGCCUGGAUUUCAAGGCUACCACUGCGACUUGGACAUCAACGAGUGUGCUUCCCAACCCUGUCAAUACAAUGGCACAUGUCUGGAUGAGGUGGAUCACUACAGGUGUGACUGCGCUCCAGGCUUCAAAGGGAUUAAUUGCGAGGUGGAGAUCGAUGAGUGCGAGGUGCUUCCUUGCCAGAACGGCGCCACCUGCCAAGACCACGUCGCCACAUACACGUGUGAGUGCAUGGCCGGUUUCCAGGGCCAAGACUGUGAGGUCAACAUUGAUGAAUGUGCCAGCAUUCCCUGUUGGAAUCAGGGCAACUGCAUAGAUGGGGUCAACAGCUAUGAGUGUGACUGUGAGGGCACCGGCUUUGUAGGCGACCACUGUGAUCAGGAUAUUCUUGAAUGUGCGUCCGACCCUUGCCAGCAUGGAGCCACCUGUUUGGAGAGGAUCAACUACUACAAGUGUCUCUGCUGGCCAGGUUAUGAUGGAGAGAACUGCCAGUUGGAUAUGGAUGAGUGUGAGCAGCAGCCCUGUGAAAACGGGGGCGAGUGUUUCCAGCGCUCUGAUAUCCUGAACUACGGUGCGCUACCUGAAUUCAGCAAAGCCAAUUUCAGCUAUGAAGAGGCAGCCGGGUUCAUCUGCCGCUGUCUGCCAGGAUUCACUGGAGACAGCUGCUCAGUCAAUGUGGACGAAUGUGAGUCUUCUCCGUGUCAGCAUGGAGGAACCUGUCAGGAUCUGGUCAGCUCUUAUCAAUGUGUGUGUCCAGACGGCUUCACAGGCGUACACUGUGAGGUGGACAUCAACGAAUGUGACAGCGAUCCCUGCAAGAAUGGCGCCACGUGUGAAGAUGCUGCCAACUCCUAUAGGUGUCACUGCCCCGAGCAAGAGCCGGGCAUGGAGCCUUGGGGUGGGCGAGACUGUGACGUCGGCCUGGUCGGCUGCCAGCAGCACCAGUGUCAACACCAAGCAGGUUGCAUCCCCGUGCUGACCGAUGAUGGAGAGCACAGCUACACCUGCCUGUGUCCCCCUGGCUGGACUGGAGAACGUUGCAAUACCUCCACCACCUUUUCCUUCAACUCUGAGGGCUACGUCCACAUGCAGCUGCCUGUUUCCAAAAACAGGACGAAACGAGAAACCAAGGACCAAGACAAUCACGGGCUCCACAUGCAGCUCCGAUUCAAGAGCACUCUGGCCGACAUGGUGCUUUACUACCGGGGCACCACGGAGCGCUUCGUCUCCCUGGAGCUUGUUGGAGGCUACCUUCAGGCCAGGGUGAAGUCAGGGAAGGUACUGCAGGUAAUUUACCCUGGCCUAGUCAAUGAUGGUGAGUGGUACCAGGCCACUGUGACAAUGGAUGAGAGGCUGGUUCUGGUUGUAAAAGGACCCGGCUGUGAGGAAGACUGCUUGGUGAAAAAUGAGGGCUACAACCAUCUGAUCUUCCUCCAGCUCAGCUCCUUUCAACAGCUGUAUGUUGGAGGGGCACCGCAGGAAUAUUUAGCCCAGACGUCCAGCGGCAGGGGGUUCAUUGGCUGCAUGGAAGACCUUCAAGUUGACCACAAGCUGCUUCUGCCUCAGGACCUCAUCAGAGAGGAGAACCAGGGCUUGGAAUUAGGAUGCAGUAAAAAAGAUUGGUGUCAAGAUGACCCAUGCAUGCAACGUGGGCAGUGUGUGGACAUGUGGGUCCGUCCCAGCUGUCAGUGUCAUCGGCCCUACUAUGGAGACAGCUGUGAGAAAGAGUAUCCAUCCUGGACCUUCGGCCAUGAGAACACCACCAGCUACGUCGGCUUCAACAUCACAGAAACUCAUGGGGACAACUUCACCAUCUCCUUCUUAAUGCGCUCCCUCAAACACAACGGUCUGCUUCUGCAGCUCUGUCGAGAAGGAAAGCCCUACCUGACCAUCUAUCUGAAGGAGGGUACUGUUGCUAUUUACAGCCCUCACACCACACUGCUGUCGGAGGCUAAAUUCGUUACUGACGGCAACAAUAAUUUGGUGACUUUAAAGGUGCAGUAUGGCCAUGUGGUUUUCCCCAAAGCAGGGAAUCACCGCGCAUUAGGAAACGUUAGUAUAGAGGCUGGGGAUGUGGCGUUUGUGGGAGGGCUCCCUGCGGAUAAGAGCAUGAAUGCCUGGGGUGGAUAUGUCAAGGGCUGCCUGCAGGACAUUCGGCUGGACCACAGGCAUCUGACCACUGAGGAUCAUCUGCAGGGGGUGGAAGUUUACCUGGCAAGCACAGAGGAGAAUGUGCUGCCAGGAUGCCAUAGUGAUGACACAUGCAAGGAUCAGCCCUGUUUCAAUGGUGGACAGUGUCAGGUUACUUGGAAUGACUUCAAGUGUACCUGUUCCAUUAAAUACUCUGGCCGACUGUGCGAGACACGUUUGUGGUGCGUCGACAACCCUUGUUUUGACGGAGUUCGCUGUGUGGACCUACAGGAUGGUUAUGAGUGUUUAACUGAAGCCAUUUUUCAGGACAACGCUCUUCAGUAUGUUGCCAGCAGCUCCCUGCUGAGCCCGGUAACCAACAUCACCUUGGAUAUUCGGACACGGGACGAAGACGGGAUCUUGUUGCGGGCCGUCAGCAGAGCAGAAGUCUUCUGCUUGGGUCUUCUCAACUCCUCCCUGCUGGUCAAACUAGACAGCGGGGCAAGUUCAGAGCUCCUGGCCUUCACAAGUGACAGGGCCAUCGCAGACGGAGCCUGGCAUCAAAUCCAGCUGGCUAUGGUCGAUCCCGAGCAGUUAGCAUCCCGCUGGCGCAUCACUGUUGACGGGCAGAGAGUUGGUGGCAGCUUUGGGGUUGGAGGCAACCUCAACUUUCUCAAUGACACCAAAAUCUGGCUGGCCGAGAAUUACACUGGAUGUUUAGGGGAGGUGAGAGUGGGUGGAGUCUACCUGCCGCUUAUAAAUGUACCAGAAGCCCCUCAGAAGAGCCAAUUCUCCAGACUGGGUGGGCAUGAGCCAAUAAUAGGAUGCCAAGGUGCACCGAUUUGUGAUUCCCAGCCCUGCCUUAACCAGGGUGUAUGCCAGGACCAGUUUAAUGAGUUUAACUGCAGCUGCAGUGCAGGAUGGGAGGGGGAGCUUUGUGAGAUGGAGGUUAAUGAGUGUUCUUCACGUCCCUGUGUCCACGGUACAUGUAAAGACCUUCUAGCAGACUACCAGUGUGACUGUGAGCCUGGAUACACAGGGAAAGACUGUCAGGAAGAGGUGGAUAACUGUCGUGAGUUCCACUGCGUGAAUGGAGGAACCUGCAUGGACACGGUGGGAGCUCACACAUGUUCAUGUCCUACUGGCUACGUCGGCAAACGCUGCCAGUGGCGUUUUCCUCCAGUGGCAUGUGAUGCAUACACAGAGUGUCUUAAUGGAGGGGUCUGUAUAGGAGGUAACUCUGGAGGCAACUGCACCUGUAAGCCGGGAUACACUGGUGCCAGGUGUGAGACAGAAAUAGACGAGUGUGAGUCCAGCCCUUGUCUCAACGGGGCCACCUGUCUGGACAGACUCAACCACUUCCAGUGUGUGUGUGUGCUGGGUUUCAGUGGCACAUUGUGUGGGAGAAACAAACAGGAGCAGAAGGAGCGAAUCCCCUGGCUGGUGGUGAUCAUCCCUCUCAUCACCAUGUGUGUGUUACUGGCCAUACUAGUGGUGUUUUGCCUCAUCAUGACAGCACGGAAGAAGCGUCAGUCAGAGGGCACCUACAGCCCCAGCUCACAGGAAGUGGCUGGUGCCAGGCUGGAGAUGGGCAGUGUCCUUAAAGUGCCCCCAGAGGAGAGGCUGAUCUGAGACCUGCAGCCCCGCCUCACUGCCUCACAUCCAGUGGAUGUAUCUAUGUAAAGGGCAGAGAGAACAUGUGCUCUGCAGUGUCACACUAAUGGCAUUCCUGACCUACAAAGAAGCAAUGGAGGAUCAAUCAUUGACUGAUCCUCCACCGUGGAAAACUACUGACCUCGAUGUCUGACAGAUGGACAGGUAAAGACCAGCAGCUGAGAGAGACAGUCUCCUGUUUAAAGACUUAAGAAAAGCCCAAAACCUGUGGGUCUAAAGGAAUGUAUUCACACAGGCUGAAACUCUCUGACACCCUCCAUACAGUCAACUAAGGCCAAGCAAUUCAUAAUUUAUGCUUCAACAAAGCAAAACAUUCAAAACCUUCUUCUGCCAGUUCCACUGCUGAUGCUCUUUUCAUGGAAAGGGAAAGAGGCAUGUGCAGAGGGAGAGGAAACAUUUAAAACCAAUUCUGUCAAACUACAGAGUUUAAUUUGAGUAUAAACUGCACAAUACUAUUAUGGCGUCCUAUCUUCACCAACAUGCCCCUUGUAGUAGUAUUAAAUGACACAUACAUGGAGGCCUCUGUUUUACAUUCCUUUUCUUUUGGAGAUAGACACUAAUUUAAAUCCUGGGUUCAUCUUGUUAGAGGUCCCGUGGUAAUGCUAGUCCUAUGACUUCAUCUCUUCUGCCAUGAUAGAUUUGUCCCCUCCCCUUCCACAUUAAGCAGCAGUUGCAAAAAUCAGCUGAAGAAGGAAUGCAUUUUUGAUUCAAACCUCAUGGUCUCUUUUGCUGAAUCAGAAUAUUGGAAUUCGUACAAUUUUUAAGUUGAAGGCAGUACUCCCUAUCAUGUGACUGCAGGUUUUCAUUCACUCAGUUACUGAGUCAUUUCUCCCUAUUUAAGCUGCCGCAGUCUGUGAGGGAAGAGGACAUCACUGCAGCCUCUGCAGGAGUCAAACACUGUUUUGUUAAUAUUUGCUGUAUUAUAUUGUCAAUGUGCACUAUACAGGCUAACCACUCUGCUGUUUGUUUGACACUGUGUAAGUAUGCUGUGAGUGUUUUAUCCAAGUUGUUGUGUUGUAAAUAUUGUGCUGCAAAACUUCCAAGUCACUGUAUUUUUCCUUUUUUCAAUAUUUUCAAGAGGGAACCGUAUUUAAUUGUAAGGUAGGAAUCCUAUUGGUUUGGUCUCAGGUGUCAUCACUAUUUGUGGAAAUACAUAAAGAGCAUUUUUUUCUUAUUCGCUUUCUUUCCAAGAGUAAGAUAAGAAAAUAAAGAGUCAAAGUAUGGAGUGUAGGCAGGAUGUGGUUAGCCUAGCUUAGCAUAAAAAGGUUUGAGCAGAGAAACAGCUAGCCUGGCUCCGUCCAAAAUUUCACCAACUAAAACCUCUAAUACUCACUGAUUAACACAUUAUAUUUCCUUCUUUUUAAAACAGAGUGAGUAACGUGACUAACGACUUACCUUACUAACGGGACUAACAACCAACGUUACUCAAGUGACUACCAACUCAAGUGACUAAGGACCUUAAGUGGCUAAUGACGCACCUAACUAACGAGUCAGGCGUCGAAAUGUCACAAUUGCUUUUAGUUUCGCAUGAGACAAAAACAGCAGUCUCCUGGAUGUUAUUCCUUUGUUUGUUUGACCACACUUCCAGACUGCCCUAAGCUCCUGUCAUCCACUUAUACUGCAGACGGGGUUUACAAUGGAGUCAGUUGAAAGCCUGGUGCAUUGCAUACAGCCGUUAAAGGAGGCGUUUGUGCAUUGAUUUCCUGUUCCAAGGGGAACAGGGCAACUGAUUGUAUUUGAUGAGUAUCCAGAGACAACUGGUUGAAAUCAAGUUCCAGCACCCAACUCCCCCUAAAACCACAGUUGUCCCUUUAUGGUUGUCUCAGAUUAAUUAAAUAAGAUACAUGUUGAGCACUUCACAGGUGUUUUUAGCCAUAUUUCUACACUUUGGACAGAGCCAUGCAAGCUGUUGCACCCUGCUUCCAGUCUCUAUGCUAAGCUAGGCUAAGCACAUCGCAAACCUAGCCUCCUACUGAAAGAGACUGAUAUAAAUCUCUUCAUCUGACUGUCAGAAAGAAAGUCAAUAAGUGUAUUUCCUCAAAGCUUGAACUAUUUAUCUAAGUUGUCUUAUGUAUAAAACAUUGUCAAGUCACCAUUUUCCAUACUCUAAUCCUAUGGAGCUGUUUCAUACAAACCUGUAUUCUAGCUUUGGGAUAAUGUUUCACAAAUAUACUUAACAGACGGCCCUUUUAUACUUAUAGACCCUUAAAGUAAUUUAAACAUUACUUUUUUGAUUUAAGAAUUCUUACUUAACUCAGAUUUAGGCAUGAAGUUCUAAUACCACUGUACUCAUAUUUGUACUCCAGGAAGUCCCACUGCUCACUUGCCUUUCAUUCUGUACCCACCGGUGCUGCUAACUUUACUGAACUUCACCAGGAUGCUUUUAACUAAAGGUGCUGAUGUGAUAUCAAUUCAGACUGACCCACUGUACCGGUUUCAUGUCAAUAAAAAUAGAACAGUUUCUGAAAGGGAACUGGCAUGCAAGUCCCCGCUGAAUAUGAAUUAGAAAGACUCUGGUCAUAACUACUGAUUGUAGUAAUAAAUUAACUUUUAAAUGGGUGAAACGUAAGACGAUUUGUAAUGAAUUUAAGGUCAUCUUGCCUUGUUCAACUGACCCAAUAUUGCUCACAUGUGGCUGAUUAGAGACAUUAUCAUGCCAAAAGUAUGUCCACAUACU